AUGAACGUCGACGAGUAUGCGCUACGCACCACUUCACCCAUGGAUGCGGCAAGCAUAGAAACCUACAGCAAUGGACGACACACUGAAUUUCCUUCCUCGGCACCAAAGCCCGUUCCAUCCCAAGAAAAGGAGGAAGACGAGCAGUCCGAGUCCGAGUCCGGAGACGAAGACCAGGGUCCGGAUUGGACAAAAAUCCCUGGACUCGCUGCGUCGCGUCCGGUCAUUCCUAAACGAGGCGAGAAAGAUUUCGAGCCCUCUGCGCAAGGAGGGUCGAAUCUGCAAAAGCAUGUCCUAGACCGCUCGCGCGGUGCGAUGUUGGACGCCCUGAAGGCGACGCGCACGAUCUCCCACAAGUCCGUGAGCCAUGCGAUAUGGUAUCCACAACUCAAGCGGGCGCACGUCACCGUAUCUAGGGGAAUUCUCUUCGCGAGUAUCGGCCAUUCUGCAGCAAGAGCAACCGCGGGGCCGGAUGGAACCGUCAAGUCACAAAAACGACUGGAGCUCCUCCCAGAGGAGGCCUUGUACUUGGUCGAGCGUGGCGCCAUGUACUGUUGGAGACCCACGGACCUACCUUUACCUCAAACACCGCUGCUGGACGACAUGGAGGGAGUGCCGAUGUCGGUGCAGCAGGCGUAUGCGGAGAUGAUUGGGAUUGAGGAUUUAACGUUCGAGAAGUACCAGGUCUAUGCAUAUCUAAAGAGGUUGGGAUACGUCUCCUCCAGUCACCUGUCAAUAUUUGCGAGAAUAUACAACGCAUUGGCAUCAUUCCUGGGGCGACCAAUCGUCCGAAAUCGUAAUUGGUGGCGGCCGCUUGGGUCUGUUAGCUGGUUACACCACGGUCUUGCACAUAACACCCUCUUCAAGUCCAUGCGGUUCUUUCCGUCUGGGAGCAGCGCCCCAUUACACGUGAAGAAACCGGCCGACUCUCUGUCGUCCCCCUACCAGAUCUUCUUCAACCUCUACAAGCCCUCGACGCCGUUCAAAAAGACCGCACCCCCACAACCCGACUUCUCCGUAGUAGUUGUCAAUGCACGCACCACCCCCGUUCCGUCACUCACUGAGCUCACCGACCUGUUCGGCGAGCUUCCCGUGCUACCUCCUCCGGUCCCCCAGAAGGCCGCUGCUGCCGCCUCCCACCAACCGCAGAAGGCUCCCCCUGAACCUACAGCACUGACGAGCAUAGAUCCUCCCCAGUCUUUCGCAUCAAGAGCAUGGACGUGGGUAUGGCCUUGGUCGGCUCAGUCCCCGGCAAAACCUCCUACUCGAAACCCCAAUCCGUUCCCGCUGCUCAAGACCGGAAACAAGAUGGUCGUCAUCGCGGUCGUCGACGCCGGGACGAUCAGCUUCUUCAGAUUCGGGCAAGGGGUCUUCUCGGAGUGGCCGAUGGCUUGA